AACAGAUAAAGGUGCCAUGUGUGUGGAUUUCUCGGUUAUGCCUUCUUCACUCCAGGUGAAAACCACCGAAAGCUGCACAGAGCUGCAGCUGCCAAGAGAGGUCAGGCUUGAACCUUCAUCCUGCAGAGGGCUGCAGUUCGUUCCUGGAGAGGGAUUGCACCUGCGGCUUAAGGCACACGCGGAAUUCAGCCCAAAAUCAAUUUCGGUGUUUAAUCAAAACAUACAAGCCCAAGAAUGUACAUUUUAUUGCCAAUCCUGUGGUGAAAUCAUAAUAAGGGACAGGAAGCUUCUCAGGGUACUCCCACUUCCUAGUGAAAAUUGGGGAGCUCUAGUUGGAGAAUGGUGCUGUCACCCUGACCCUUUUGCUAAUAAGUCACUUCAUCCACAAGUCAGCGACUGUUUCAUUGGAGACUCUUUCUUCUUGGUGAAUUUAAGAAGUGAUUUGUGGCAGCCAAUGCCUGAAUUAGCCUUAAUGGAGACACAUUGUCAUGCUCUGGAGGGUGAUAUUAAGUUGAAACCAAAGGCAAAUACCAAAGUAAUUUGUAAACGUUGCAAGGUAAUGCUAGGAGAGACAGUGUCAUCAGAAACUACUAGAUUUUAUAUGACAGAGAUAAUCAUUCAGCCGUCUGAGAGAGAUUUUUCCAUCAUACCAAGGUCUCAGUUUGUCCAGAGUGUUAUUGCCCGGAUUUUGGUGGAACUCACUUCUUCGAGAAGCACUUUCAGAUUUACUAUUCAAGGCCAUGAUGGCAAAGUAUACAUCUUGCUAUGGCUCUUAAACUGUGAUAGUCUGGUGAUUGACUCUUUGAAGAAUUCCAGAAAGAUACAAAGAAGUAUACAGAAAUUUCCCCUGUUGGAAGAUCUACUGAAAGCAGAUGCUGGUUCCCCUUGUAGUACUGUCAAGGUCCUCUAUGUGCCGUGCAUCAAAAAUAGGAAUGAAAAACUUGCCAGCUCAUGGGAAAAUGACAUCAGUGUCCACUCUCUAACCCUGCCCUCUGCCACCUGUCUGGAACUGCUGUUGAUCUUAACAAGGAGUAACUUCACUCUGCCUUCAUCCCUUCGAUCUAUGGAUUCCUUUCAGGUUGCCUUUUUGAAAAUGUAACAGUGGAGCUAGCAUUGAUCUCCUUGGUGGACAACUCUUCACACUGCAGAGUGCACUGGAGAUCAGGCCUCCUGAAUUCAUCCCAGUGGGAGUGAUUACGGAGAGAGGAACCGACCUAUGGACUGAGAGCAUCGCACUUAAGCUUUGUGUUUACUUAUUUCUGGAUGGUUUCGAAAAGAAACAGUUGACUUUAAGACCUUGAAAAACCAAGGCUGCUUAUAUCCACUUAUCCCUUCAGUAACAGUAUUUCUAACAACAGAGUCUAAAAGGAAG